AUGUACAACCAGCAGCAGUACGGCUACGGCCAAGGCCAAGGGCAAGGCCAGGGAGGCUUCCAGCAACAGCCCCAGCAAACCGGAAUGGGCGGCAUGGGGAUGGGCGGGAACACCGGGUAUCUCAACUCUCAGCCGACCGGGUAUGGGAUGCCCCAGCAACAGCAGCAGCAGCAGCCCAUGGCGACGGGGUUUCAGCCACAACAGCAGCAGCAGCGGCCCGGUCAAAACAAUACGGGUGGACAGGGCAACUUUGCUUUCCUCAAUCAACCCCCUCGGCCAAGCUUUAAUGGCGCGUCCAACGGCGGUCUCGUCUCGCAGAUGACGGGGUUUACCGCGGGUGGUGCAAGUGGGUUGAUGCCUAUGCAUACGGGGAUGAUGUCCCAGCCCACUGGGAUGGGGAUGAUGCCGCAGCAAACGGGUAUGGGCAUGGGCGGGGGCAUGGGGUUGAUGGCCCAGCCGACAGGGAUGGGGAUGGGUAUGGGAGGCGGACUCCGACCGCAGCCUACGGGCGUGCACGAUCCGCGUCUGCAGCAGAUGAUGCAGAGCUUCAUGCCCAGUAACAUGUCCCAACCCUUCAACCCGUCCGGUCAGGCGCAAUUCAACAACACCGCUCAGCCCCUGCAACAGUCCUUCCAGUCCCUCCUUGACAAUCCCAAGGUCCGGACCCCGAAAGUUCCCUGGACGCUCUCCAAGCAGGAGAAGAAGGACUAUGACCAGAUCUUUAGGGCGUGGGACGUACAGGGAGACGGGUUCAUUACUGGUCCGGCGGCGAUCGAGGUGUUUGGGCAGAGCGGGCUGAGUCAGGACGAUCUGAUGAAGAUUUGGAAUCUUUCGGACGGGACGAAUCGGGGCUCGUUGAACGUUGCAGAGUUCCACGUUGCCAUGGGUCUCAUCUACCGAGCUCUGAACGGGAAUGAUAUCCCGGACGAACUACCUGAAGAGCUCGUCCCCGCCUCUUCCAAAGACAUCGACACUACCGUCAAUUUCAUGCGUGAUUUACUCAAACACGAGACCUCUACCCGCUCCAACGCUUCGUCCCCGUCCUACGACCCCCGUCUCUCCGCGUCCAACUCGAAAGACGCCUCGGCCUAUAAACACUCGGACGAGGGCACGGGAACAGCGUACAAGCCCUCCUCGCGCCACCUGGACCGGAAAUCCGUGCGAUACGCCGGCGAGGACCCCGAUGCGGGACUCAACGAUAUUCGGCGUCGGCUCGAAUCGACCUCGGCGAUGCUCGACAAGUCGGCCCAUGACUCGGCGAACCGGGACGCCGAGGACGAGGCGCUCGAGGAGGAGUUGGACGACCUCAAAGUCCAGGUCGUCAGGCUCCAAGACGAUAUCGAGAGGGUCAACAAGGGGAGGCGGUCGGUUGAUAAUGAUGAAAAGAGGAGAAAGUAUGAGCGGGAAUUGCUGUUUCUCAUGCAUGAGAAACUGCCCGAGUUGGAGCGCAAGAAGAAGCAGAGGGAGGAGGAUAGGAGGAUGGAAGAGCGGGCGGGGGUGCGUGCGAGGGAUAAGCGGAAUGAUACGCAUGGGAGGUAUGGUCGGGAUCGGGAUGAGGGGGGCGAUAAGGAUUGGUUGAAGGGGACGUAUGAUCGUGAGCGGCGGGACAGCCGGGAUCGGAAUCGCGAGUAUGGGCGGGACGACAGGGAUAGGUCGAGGGAUAGGGACUAUGAUCGGUCUUCCCGAGAUCGCUCGAGGGAGCGCGAGAGGGAGUACCGGCCCCGCUCCCCCGCCCCAUCGACUCGAGACCGCGCGCCCCCACCUGCUCCCAAGGACAUAUCGGCAGACGACCAGCCGACGCCCCGCGCCCCUCCCGCACCCACCACCACCAAGGCCGCUGCUCCAUCUACGGCCAAGAUGACCCCCGAAGAGCGGUCCGCGUUCAUCCGUGAGCAAGCGCAAAAACGGAUCCAGGACCGUCUGCGCGCGCUCGGCGUCCAGACCUCGGAGCCUGAGCAAGCGCAGCCGAUUGUGGACAACUCGGUGCAGGAGCGAUUGGAGCGGGAGAGGAAGGAGGCGGAGGAAAAGUCGAGGACGGCCGAGAAGGAGCAACAGGCACGGGAGGAGUCUAGGCAGAAGCGGCUCGUCGGCGGAGCAGGGGCUGGGGGUGGGGAGGAGAAGAAGGAGGUACCGCCCAGCUCGGCGGUACCGGCACAGGCACCGGUCAAAUCAGCCAUGAAGAAACCGGCUGCUCCUCCCCCUGCGCCCGUCUCGCGCUCCAAGCAACCCCCCGCACCGCCCGUGUCCAAGUCUAGCGCCGCCCCUGGCCCCGUCCCCAAGCCCCCGGUCAAGGAGGUACAACAAGAGGAAGAAGAAGACCCGGAAGAGGUCGAGUUGAGGCAGAGGGAGGAAAAGAGGCAAAAGGCAGCGGCGGAUCGGAAAGCCCGGAUGGCGCAGCUCGAGAAGGAAGAAGAGGAGGAGAGGGUCAAGGAGGAAGAGAUGAUUGCGAAGCGCAAGGCUGCGAAGGCUGCUUCGGCCCAGCCGCAGUCACAGUCACAGCCAGCCGCGGAGUCCGUUCCGGCUGUUGGGGGUGGAGGCGGGUACAAUCCCUUCCGCAAGCCGUCGACGACAGCGGCGGCUGCUACUUCCCCCGCCAGCUCCGCUGUGACUUCCCCCACUCCGGCGCCUGCGCCAAGUACCGGCGGAGCUGGAUUCAACCCGUUCUUCCGUCCUCCCGCCGCCGCGGCCGCGUCGUCUACGCCACCCACUUCUGCUCAAUCCGCGCCGGCACCGCCCCCGCCACCUCCUCCGCCUGCGCCCCCUGCUCCUGCGCCUGCGCCUGCUAUAGUGGCGCAGCAGCAACCCCGCUCAGCCCCCAAGCCAGCCGAAGACGAAUGGGAGCAGAUCCAAGAAAAAGACGAAGAUUCCGACGAUUCGUCCGAUGACGACUAUGCCACUUCUCGUCAACAGCGCAACAAGCUCGCUUCGGCCCUCUUUGGCGGUAUUUUGCCUACGGCCGUCACCAACAUGCUUCCUGUGUCUAUUCGGCCCGAGAUCGGCUCGCCUGCGCCCGGAUCUGGCACAAACACCCCAACUACCGCGCGCAGUAAUCCCGAGGCGCUGAAGAAACUGGGCGGGGGUGUGCCCGAGCCUGGAUCGGGGGGUAUGGGCGCGCUCUUUGCGUCGAUUCAGGGAGGGGCGAGGUUGAAGAAGGCGCAGACGGUGGAGAAGGGGGGUAUUUCUGGACGGGUGGUGGGUGAUGCGGCCCCCCCUGCGCAUAUUAAUGCGCAGCCGAGGGCUGUUUCGCCUCCCCCUCCUCCGGCGAGUGCGAGGACCGAGCAGAGGGAUGAGCCGAGGACUGACUCGAGGGAGCAGAGUGGGGAGACGGAGCCGAGGGACGAAAGCCACGGUGUCAAUAAGCGUCAAUCGGUGGAUUGGUAUGCUGGCUUGGCGGCCGAUCAGAGUCAUCCGGCCCAGAAUUAUGAGCAGACUUUGGGGACGACGAGGGAGGAGGAUGAGAGUGAGGCGGCGGCGGCGGCUGGAGGGGAUGGGGAUGGAGACGGAUUGGAUGAGUUUGAUAUGACGCGAGAAAUCCGAGUUCGCUCGCUCUACAGCUACGACGGUCAACGCGAGGUCGACCUCUCGUUUGCCGAAAACGUCGUGAUUGCCGCACACCCCGCCAAGGACGCGAGCAGUCCGUGGUGGUAUGGUACGGUCGUCAAGUCGGGGGAGAAGGGGUGGUUCCCCCAUACCUAUGCCGAGGAGAUGCAGUCAACCAGAGCCCGCGCUCUCUUCUCGUACGAAGGCGGUGAAGCCGACCAGCUCCCUUUCCUCGAGGGCGACACCUUGACGAUCGUCGACCGAUCAGAGGACGACUGGUGGAAGACUGAAAAGGCCGGCGUCAUCUUUUUGGUUCCUGCUUCGUAUCUCGAGGUCGUACAGGCGCCUGUCCCCUCGAACCACGAUCAAGACCUCCCCGCUCCUACCCCUCUGCCCGCUGCCGCUAUCCCCGCAGUAUCCCGCCUCCGGUCAGGCACCGUCUCCUCCGUUACUUCCGCUGCGUCGGCCGCUUCCGCCGGGAGCACCGACGACGAGGGCUCGUCCAGCGGGGACGACUCGGUACUGUCCUGGUGGUCCAGCGACGAUGCGGACUCGGAGGAUGAGGAGCGCGAGACGGAGCGGAAGCGGCGGGAAGAGACGCGGCAGAAAAUCCUCGAAACUGCAGGUCUAAUCUUACGGCGGGAACCACCUGGAUCCACGCCGGCUUCGACGAAGGCUACCAAGCCGCGUCGACCUGCUCCUGCUGCUCCUGCUCCUGCUGCUGCUGGUGGCGGUGGUGCGGGCGGGGCCAAGCUCAAAGCGCGCAAGUCAAGGCGGAAGGCACCGGGCGUACCGCUCAAAGGACCUAUAUCGGGUGUCUCGUCAGACGGCAGGGAGCCCGAGGUGGAGGUACAAGACGCGUAUGCCAAGUACGAGCAGUACCUCCAUCAAGCGCAGACCAAGUCUCGUCGUCCCCGCGCAAACACCGCGACUCAGCGCCCUGCCUCUACGGCUUCGGAUCUCGGUCUCCCCGUUCCGGUCUCGCCGACUCCGACGGCUGGUUCAGCUGGACAAGGCGGAGGCGGAGGAAAGAUCACGGGUUUCUUCUCGAGGAUGAUGGCGCCUUCUGCGAGCCACGAUUCUGCUACGGGGUCGACGCCGGGGCGGAAAGUCAUCAGUGGGCCGAUCCGGCGCGGGGACGAGGGUGAAGCUAGCGCAGAGGAGGACGGGGAGAUGGGGAAGACAUGGAGCAGUCUGGUCGAUCCGAGUGUAUUGGAGACGAUGAGUACGCGCGAGCGAAAGCGGCAAGAGGCGAUAUUCGAAUUCAUAGCCACCGAAUCCACCUACAAUCGGGACCUCCAACUCAUCGUCAACGUCUACUAUGCCUCCCUCCUCCAGUCCUUCCCCGAGAUGGACGAAAAGGCCCUGACCGUCAUUUUCGCCAAUAUCGAGGAUAUCUUGCUGUUCAAUACCGGCUUCCUGUCGAGCCUCGAGGAAAGGCAGAAGAGCUGCAGGCUGUAUGUGGAUGUGAUCGGGGAUAUAUUGGCGGAGAAUGCGGGCGGGAUGGGGGUGUACGAGACGUGGUGUGUGAAUCAGAAAGGAGCAGAAGGGGUCUUGAGGAGUCUGAGGGGUGGGGAUGAGGGCUUGAGACGGCAUUUGGAAAACAUCCGGGACACUAAUCCGGAAGUGCGCGGACUGGACUUGUCGAGCUUCCUCCUCAUACCCAUGCAACGAAUCACGCGCUACCCCCUCCUCCUGCGCCAAAUCGCCCACUAUACCGAACCGGACCAAGACCUCGCCCUCGUCAUUUCGGCACUACGCACCAUCGAGUCCAUCGUCGGCAACAUCAACGAGUCUGUCCGGGAAGCAGAGAACGAAGACCGGCUCCGCGUCCUCUCGGAAGAUCUCUGGGUCGGCGGGGAGGGCCGGAUCGACCUUACCGCGCCGACGCAAUACCAGGGCCCGCGGCGUCUCAUCAAGGAAGGCGCGGUAAGCAAGGCCAAGUCGGGCAAGAAGCUCCAGCUGGUGCUGUGUAACGAUAUCCUCAUUCUCAUUGAGAGCAGGAAUCUGUACCGCAUGCCGAUACCCCUGUUUGAGCUGGCGGUGAAGGAGGGAAGGGACGCUGCUUUUGCGGUCAAAGUGGAUAGGCACAGAGGAGGGGAUACGAUCGCGUUGCGGGCGGGGAGCGCCAAGGAGGCAAAGGAGUGGGUGGGGCUUAUUGAGAGUGCGAGGAGGGGUGUGAUUGAGCGGAGAAAGCUGGUAGAGCCGAGGAUGAGGGAGGGGUACUAG